AUGGACAGACGGCGUGUAUGUGAUGCAUGCUCGGUCCGCAGGGUCAAGUGCGACGGCCAAGCUCCGUGCGGCGCAUGCACAAAGUCUUCAGUUGAUUGUACACGUCUAAGGCAGAGGGCAAAGUCUGGUCCGAAAGGUGUGCGGAAGAAGACACUCGAACGAUUGAAGACGGUCAAAAGGCAGAAUUCUGGAGAACCUUCCAUAUUAGGAAGUCGUGAGCUCGAACAUCACAACAAUGAGCUGAUUUUUGACAAUAUCGAAGAGACUGUAGCGGUCGCUGGCUCAUCUGCAUACUCAGACGUACAGCAAGAGAUACACGAAGCCGGUCUCUGCUUUCUAGACACUCCCGGGCCGAGCCAACAACCUGCAACUGAUUUACCGCAAAUGCUGGCGUGGCCAUUUCGUAUGAGUCUAGCACUUCUGGAACCCUACCUCGAUAUCUAUCACUUCAAGCUCUAUCCGGUGUGGCCAGUCGUGAAUAAAGACGCGCUUCUAACGAGGCUUCACAACCUAGCGCCGGAUGUCAAUGCUUACAUGCUAGCCAGUAGCAUAUGUGCGGCUACGAUGCUUCAGCUUCAGCUAUCGGUACUCAGCAUGGGCGGCGACGUGCUCGAUCCGAGUGUCAUACUGUCGGAAGUUGAGAAUCUCCGACGAGUCCAUGACUAUCGAGAAAAUCCAACCCUAGAUCACCUCUCGACAAGCUUCUUCAUGCACGUUGCAUAUAUACACCUUGGCCGCCGAACAACCAGCACACUUCUGCUCCGAGAAGCAAUCACUUUUGCCUACAUGCUUGAUCUGCAUAGACCUUCCCAUUACGACGAAUUUUCGGAACCAGACAGACAAGGCCAUCUUCGAAUGUUCUGGCUUCUAUUCAUCACGGAGAGGGCACAUGCAACACAAUAUGAUAUACCUUGUAUCAUGUCAAUUGAUCCAGGUAUGCCGGAAUUGGAUACCGAAAGUCAGUCCUACGUCUUGUCUGCCUUUAUCAUGCUUUGCCAGAUGUUUAGAUCCUUCUCCGACGCUUCUUCUGGCGCACGGUUGACAGCAGAUGAUCUGACAUUGUUCAACAAUCAAUUGCUGAGGGUUCCUACUCUUACGGAGCACCACAAUGACCUGCAAAAAGCCGAUCUCUCCGUCACUCAACAAUGGCUUCGCCUCAUGUUCUGGAAAUUGGCCAUCAACAAGGUUAUCAUGACUGCCAACACGAACGACGACAUCAGGAGCGUCUUCUUUCCCAUCUCUCUAGCCAAAGAACUGCUCACCAACAUAUCCGCCAUGUCAAUUGACACGCUCGAAGCACAUGGACCAGGAAUGGAGCUCAAGCUCUUCGAAGUCACAAAUUCGGUCGCCGACAUGAUUACACUCAACCCUCGCCAAACAACCUCGGCACUUGAGAUUGGACCGCAAGAUAUCCUAGUCCACCUUGCAACUAUUAUUGGCAGAUUUAGGGGUGGCAACAAGACUCUGCUUCCCUUGUUACAAUCUCGUCUGUCUGGCAUUGGACUUGACUCUUUGAUACUACCUCGUAUCACUGAUGUCACUUAUGAUUCUCCGGAUACGAAUAGGGAAAAGAGUUCGAUUGAGAGCAACGAAGCAUUGGCGGAUCACAGUCUCGAAGACGAGUAUGGCAUAUUGUUUGGUCCAUACUCUCUUGAGCACCAGUCUUAUGUGUAA